AUGAAGUGGAAACUCGCGGAUGCAACACCACGACGAAUAUACCUGGACACAGCCUUUGUUGAGGGUCUUCAUCGAGUGCUCGACUGGCAAUUUCCUGAUGGCCGCGAUGCAAUACUUCAAGACCUGCAUCCAUCACUCGCUAAUCUUAACCAUGUGCGUCGCCUUAUUAACAUAACGAGGCCUAUGAAGUACCCAAGUGGAACAGGAUUUGAAGGUGCAUGUCGUCUUGCAAAUGAACAUGCAUCCCUGCCUCUGGAACAGCGCUAUGUCCGCUGUGCAGAAACACACCUCAUUGAGCGUGGUGUGGAGUUCAAGCUCGUCGCGUGUAUGACAUCACGAAUGUCAUCACAUCUCAUACAAGCCAAACGUUUGUCUACUGAUACCUCAUUCAAACGAGCACAAGGAUGGCAGGAGUUUGAGGUUGAAUCAUGGGAUAGUGAACGUUGUCGCUCUGUUGUCAGCGCUCGUGCCUUCACCACAUCACAAAGCGCAAAGGCACACUUACUUCUCCUUCAGCGAAUUUUUGACAUUGCAUCUGCGGACACUGGCCAGUCUUUUUCAUUUCGCCACAUUCAUGGUUUCGGGUGCGAAAUUGUUAUUGCUGACAGCCACUUGAAAGGCCAAGGACUUGGCUUAGGAACGUACUGUGUGCAGCCUUCACGUUCUAUCUCAACGUCAUGCACACAUGAACCUCACCGACGUGUGUGCGACUUGGGCCCAUACGAUCAUCUUCGCCACGAAGUUUACUCAGCAAUGCUUAGUUUAGCGACAUGUGAGGAACACCCAGACAUCCAGAGAACAUUAAAUACUAUUCGUCGUGGUGGGCCAAAGGCUGCAGCGUGGUUGAAAGACAAACUCGAAGGAACGAAAUUCGCACUUCCGGCACUGUACCAACCUAUGAGAUUGAUUCCUCUCGCAUCAUGGAAAGCAUCACCUUCUAUGACCAAUGGGAAUGAGCAAGCUCACCGCAAUGCAUACCGCGAAGGUGUACACUUGACUCUGUUAGCUGGAAUCAUGAAGGGCAUGAAGUUCGAUCAAGGAGCAACGAGUAGCAUGAAUAUUAAUGUCCAUGCCACAUUUGGAGUCUCAACACGAGACCAAGAGGUAACUCAAGUUUAUCGUGCAACAAUAUGUAUUCUUUGGCACACAAAGAAACGCUACAAGUCCUUACAAACUACAGCUACGCCACGACCUCUGCAACUUCCUACCGUUCGCAACGUCACGAUGCCAGUACAACCAGCCACCAGGCGCACUGCUACCACAUGCGUCAUCACAAUGCCGUCAUAUGACAAGGUUGACGAGGAUUCCGUCCUGAACGAGCCACCGUCAGUCUCGCUUCACCAACCGCUGAUGCCAUCACAGAUCGGUACAUUCAACAGCCUGUCAUCUGCACUACAGCCAAGUGCGCGAAUCAUAGACUACUCACAGACCGGUGUCCCGUCUCCGUCAUUGAUUAUCGUAGACGGCUCGAAAUGCACGCUGAAGGGCGCAGUUGACGAGGCGCUAUGGUGCUGGAUCUGUUGA